AUGGCAAUCAUUUGGAUGAGUAGAAAAGGAGUUAUACCAAAAGAGUGGAGACUGUCCAGACGGCUCUAUCGAGAACAGCGCCCAAACCGCGCAGUCCGGCUGGCCGAGGAACGCAUGUUCCGCGCUCGGCCAAAGCUCGUCCGUCCGACUGAAGUCUCGGCCAAGUCCAAAACCACUCGGCCGAUCACGCAUCACGACCCGGGAAACAUAGCCCGCGGUCGGCCACGCCACAACGCCGCGCCACACCGCGCACGACCAAAGCGCGCGAGCCGGGAGUAA